AUGACGGCGAUCAAGAGCUUCAUCGAGGGCAAGUUUGCUGCUGUGAGUCGCGCCUUCCCGCUGCCCGCUGCUUUAUCCUCGCGCGCUGACCUUCCUAACCUUCCGCAGAUUGAUCAGAAGAAGAAGAAGUUCACAUACAGCACGAUGGAGCCUCAAGCGCGCCAGGUGUUCGACUCGAAGCGGCUGCGGUACGGGUUCUAUCGCGAGUUGAGCGACGCCCAGGAGAGGGAGAUCUUCAAGCGGGUUCAGUUGGGCAAGGCGCUCGACAAGGGCGAGAUCAUGAACGCCAUCACCUCGCCCUACGCCUUCUGGAUCCACCAGCUCCGCCAGAAGUACUUCUCCGCCGAGGACCCGCACUCGUUCCGACCUCGCGUCCUCAGCUCGAAGCGCGGCAAAGUCCUCACCGCCGCCUACGUCAUGUCGCGCAACCUCAUCCUCGACUUUGAUUCGCUCGCGCAAGAGUCCGAGGCGAAGCGGACGAAGAACAUGCAGGAGUUGCCCGUCCCGAGCGAGAGGCAGACCAUGGCUGUUGAGCGCGCCAUCGAGCGUUUCAAGAAGCUCACGCUCGUCAAGGCUCUGCCCGGCGAAGACGCGUGGCCGAACACGUCGACCUACCAGGACUUGAGGGACAAGAAUGUGCCGGUCCCGCAUCGCGUUUGGCGCCUGCGCGCAACGGACGUCGACGUCGAGCGCACCAAGGCCCUCUCGACUAUUGCCUUCGCGCCAGUCGAGAUCCAUCUCCUCCCCGCCGUCGUUCAGAAGUUUGUCGAGGACAACGACUUGAGCGACGGAGAGUUGCUUGAGGUUGUGCAUCGACUGAGGAUUCACGUCCACGAGUCGUUCCCCGGCGAGGUCAAGGACAACUCGAAGACGUAUCAGCUCGUCAAGGCUUGGGUUAAGAACUUCGACACGUCGACGCUCGAGCGCUGGUACAACGACGAUGGCUCCUUACGCAAGUCGUACGACCCGUCGAGCGCGGCGAGGAGGAAGACGGCGAAGGGCAAGAAGCGCGCGAUCGCGAUGGGGGACAGCGAUGCGGAUGAGGGUGAUGAGCUCGCGCAGGUGCAGAAGAAAAAGAAGAAGGAAAAGGGCGACCGCCUCCAGCGCUCGGCGAGCGGCGACCCGCUGCCGUUCUCUUCGACCGCGGCGAACCUCCAGCCAGGCGCACGACCUCAGCCCGUCGUAUUCGGCGACACGGCCUCGUCGACGAACGGCUCGGCGUUCAACACGCCGGUGUUUGGUCGAGCCGGCGCAGGUACACCCGCGCAACAUCGUCCAGCUUCCGCGACGCAGCCUCAAGCGACUCCCGCUCCGCCUGUCGGCCUCUCCGCCAAACAUGCGAAGUUCGCUCAGAGGGUGGGCCUGCCUACGGGUGGCGUCGCUGCUUUUCCUGCUUCCGCUGCAUCGGGCUCGAGCGGUACAUGGGCGCCGAGCGCGGCCCCGCCAGGGAAGCGACAACCACCACCGCCCCCUCGACCCCUGCUCUCAGCGACCGGCAAGCGCCAGUUCGACGACCGCGGACGGGCCAUCUACGUAGAGUCGGCCGGUUCGACCGCUGCUUUUGCACCUGUUGAGGACGAGCCGAUGGAUGAGCGGGCGUGGGGUGCGGUCGACUUUGAACAGGAGGAGAUUCAACGCGUCAUGAGGGAAAAGGAGGCGCUUCGUGCUCAGCAACAGCACCAGCAGGCGCAACCUCAGCGCCUCUACGGCGACAACGCAGCUCCUCCAGCCGCUCAGCCGACCUCAUACUCCUCCUACGACACCUCGUCGCAGUAUCGCGCCUUCGACACGACUCCUGCCGCCUCGACUUCCGCCUCUCACGCAGCGAUCAAGCCCGACCCGGAUCUCAUCGAGCGACAAGAGGCGUCAAUGUUCGCCUCGCUGUCUCCUACCACCGCGAGGGCGAACCCGAACGAGGCGAGGCGUGACAACGAGGUCUUGGCUCUUCUGCAGGGGAAGCGCGGCUCGUCGAAGGAGGCUUCGAUGCGGCCGCCUGCUGCGCCGUCGGGCGGGCGUGACCGCGAGCGGGAGAGGGAGCGAAGCUAUGCGGGCGACGAGCGCAGGAGGGACUUUGACCGGCAGGACGACUGGCGGGACGACCGGAGGAGUGAUAGCGACUCACACAGGCGAGAUGAUGGCCACAGGCGAGAUGACGGGUACAGGCGCAACGACGGAUACCGGCAUGACGAGCGCGAAGAUCCGGCCAGGCGGGACUAUCACGACCACUCGAGGUACGACGGGAGCUCAAGUCGCGACUCGUCGACCGCCGCUCCGGCGCAGCCCCGCUCGCAGUCGCGCGUGCCUGCGAACUACCGGCGCGAAGCCUCGCAAGGCCCGCCUGCUCGUCAAAACUCGGGCGACGGGUAUGGCGGUGCAGGACCCGCUUCGAGCGGCUACGCAGGACCUCCCUCGAACGGCUACGCAGCACCGUCCUCGAACGGCUAUGGUGGCACGUCAGCGAACGGUUACGGCGCUCCCUCCGCCUCCUCCUACUCGAACGGCUUCCACGCUCAGCCGCCCGUUACGCACUCCGGCUCGAACGUCGCCAGCGCCUACGGAGCUCGCGGCGCGCCUCUUCCGGAUCAGAACGCCUUGCGGCCGCCCGCCGUGGACAGGUCGAGGGACCCGAGGCGCAAGUGA